AUGGAGUGGGCAGGGCGAAAGCGGUCCAAAGGCGAUGACGAGAGGACCCGGCGUCUCCUAGGCAACCUUUGUUACCCGCCGGGGAAGAGCCGCCGAUUGGCCGGCGUUGCCUGUGACGACACGCGCUCUCAGGAGGUGACCUUCCCUGUACGGGUCUUCAGUCUGCUUGGCGUGGAGACCCUCAUUGUCACCAACGCGGCCGGGGGGCUCAACCCCGAGUACAAGGUGGGGGACAUCAUGGUGAUCCGGGACCACAUCAACAUGCCGGGGUUUGCUGGAGUGAACCCCCUGGUGGGGCCGAAUGAUGAAAAGUUUGGGGUUCGUUUCCCAGCCAUGUCGGACGCCUAUGACCGGGACUUGCGGAAACUGGCGCACACGGUGGCCGCUGAGAUGGGCUGUUCGGGGUUCUUGCGCGAGGGAGUCUAUUGUACUUUAGGAGGUCCCAACUAUGAGACCAUUGCCGAAUGCCGCUUCCUGAAGCAAUUGGGCGCCGAUGCAGUGGGCAUGAGCACGGUCCCUGAGGUGAUUGUGGCCCGCCACUGUGGGAUGCGCAUCUUUGGCUUCUCCCUCAUCACCAACAAAGCCAUCCUAGACUACGAGACCAAGGAGAAGGCCAACCACACCGAGGUGUUGGAGACCAGCCGCCAGAGUGCCCGCACCCUCGAAAAGCUGGUCUCCCUGAUGGUGCAGCGCAUCGAACACAAUAACAAUCUGGCCUAGCGACGGGGCUGUGCCGGGUCACCAGCAGAUCUCUCACCGGCGGGGCGAUCUGCCUCCACGCAACCAGAACUGUGUGCGCAUGCCCUGGGUGUGUAGACGCAGUUGACUCAACCUUUCCCCCCUCUGAGUCCCAUAUUUCCAAAUUAAGUCCUGCCUGCUGAGUUUUCUGCCACGUCAGAUGUUUCCCCAAACUUCUGUUCGACUCUGCUGCUCUGCGUCAGCUGCCGAUGGGUUAUCCCCCUUGCCUCUGUGUCCGAUCUCCAGCUUUCAAUACAGUGUCUUUUGGGGGGAGGGUGGUGCGUGGGGUGCUGCUGAGGGACACCUGUUCUCAGAGCACCUUGAGGUUUGACAGGCCCCUCUCGGUCCCGCAGCAGCUCUUCCUGAAGGAGGACUCCUCCAGUGAGUUCUUUGGACCCUGGUUUCCUCUUCGUGCAAUAAGUAACAAAGGCUUACUCUCACAAACAGCAGUUGAGGGUGUGAGAUUGUUUCUGGGUUGUUGUGCCACUUCAGAGGGCAGUUGAUUGAAUGCAAAAUAACGGCAACGCUCAAAACCCCGCACACAGAAAACUAGCAUGCCAGAGAGAAGACAGGGAUUCGACCCUGAUAUGUUAGUUUUCUAGGUUCAGGGAUUUUUUUAAAAAUAUAGUAUUCAGUCCUGUAAACUCUGACUCUCAAUCUGGUACAUUCCAGAUACAGGCUUCUCAUCUCUUCUGCUGUUCAUGUGAAGGAGGACUGAUUUCACUGGGAUCCAUUGUUUGAUACAUGCCUUCCACCUUCUUUUUUUAAAUGAGGUCUAGUGGGCCUCGUAUUUAGUAGCUAUCCUUCUGUGUACCAAAGGGGCAGCCUUGAACUCUUAGCUCAAGGUUCUAGGAGGCAUCUAUCCAACAGGAUGGUUAAUGAGGUUUUGGAUAAGCAUGUCCUUCCAGGGCUCAUGGGAUCAAGCUGUGGAUUUUUAACAUCACUCUACAACAGACCUCGUGGUUCGGACCGUCGUAGCCUUCACCUUGCUUCCAUUUUAAUUUUGGGGACUGGAGUAAAGGAUUAGAUCUUUCUCACACACAUACACAGUUUUGGUGAGGGCGUUAACUGCCAUUUCCUUUUGGCGGGAACUGCUGUUCUGUCAUAGACACUCUUGAGUUCGGCCUCUCUGUGGAGUUGUGUUGUGUGGUAGCUUUUGAAUGUUUGUGUGGGAGGGCUGCCCUUUGCUUUUUCCUUUCCCUCCCGUGUCUGCUUUCUGACAGAACCA